GUCAGCCAUCCCCGACAUAGAUUUUCAUUUUUUGUGUGUCAUAAAUAAGUUAUUUUACCACAAGAGAUUGGAAAAUGCUGCUUGGAUGAGAAACUAAUUCUGCGCGUCUACUUCAGAAUAACAGAUUAAGUCUUAGCAACAAAAUGAACGCAUUUGAGACCAUUCCGGUCGAGAUGACCUUUGAACGACCUCCCAUCAACGGACCAAUGAGCACCUUUGCCCCUCUCCACCACAAUCUAAUGGAGGAUGAUGGGGAGGUCAGCAGCCUGGGGGAUGACUUUGGCAUCUUACAAGACGAUGAUGACGAGGAUUUUUUUGUGGUUCUGGAAAUGAUUGCAAAUGAUGAGAGAUUUGGAUUCUCGGUGAUGGGAGGCAUCGAGGAGGGAUUCCUGCCACGAGUUGAUGAGAUCCUACAAGAACUUAAGAUAACGCCAAAAUGCAGCAAUAUUAAAGGAGAAGCAAAUAAUGAUGAGCUGCAGUGACUUCAUAGCC